GCUCAGCCCUAGCGGCGCCUCAAUCGUCCAAUCACGGUAGAGUUGGGGGUGAAUGGGUAAACGAGACUCUCGUCCACUUGAGUUUAGCGGACAUACCGAUCUGAGAUACCGAAACUGUGGAUUAUCCUCUCAUGGAAAGCGUUUUGCAUCCAAACCCCGAAUAAUAGUUCAUGUUUUAUUAUUCGAAUAAAUGAAGAAUGGUUCCAAUUGACUCAAGACAUGUCAGCUGUAAACACCUAGUGCUCUAAAGUUGAAGAAGUUUCCCUUCUCCCAACAUGGCCGUCAUCUUGUUUGUGUCUUGGUUACCGGUGUUGCUCGUCCUCGCCACUGCUGCCGUUCAACAUGGAGGGAACGCACAAAUCGUGAGUUCACGAGUUUCCGAUCGUGAAAGUUUGAUUCCUCACCAUGGUCGAUGCGAACCCAUCACCAUACCUCUAUGUAAAGAUAUACCAUACAAUGAGACAAUAAUGCCUAAUCUUUUAAACCACCAAAAACAAGAAGAUGCUGGAUUAGAAGUGCAUCAAUUCUUUCCUUUGGUGAAGGUACAGUGUAGCCCCGAUCUACAGUUUUUCUUGUGUACCAUGUAUGCACCAGUUUGUACCAUCAUUGAAAAAGCUAUACCACCGUGUAGAUCUUUGUGUUUAAAAGCUAGAGAGGGGUGCGAGAGAUUAAUGAAUAAUUUUGGUUUCCAGUGGCCUAAAAGUUUGGAUUGUGAUAAGUUCCCAGAGGCCGGAGAAGAAGCUUUGUGUGUAGGAGAAAACAAUACAGAUAGAGCCCCACAUCCUCCAUCUGGAGCUGGUAAUUAUCCAACAACUUCUAUACGCAAUAAUAAUGUUACCAUCUUAAAAGGACGUAAAUUUAUUUGUCCUGAAGAGUUUAAAGUUCCGACUGGUUUGGGAUAUGUGUUUGAAGUGGGUGAAGCUGAAGAAAAAGAUUGUGGUGCACCUUGUGAUGGAAUGUUUUUCACACCUCAAGAAAGAAAAUUUGCCCGAACAUGGAUUGGUGUGUGGGGAAUAUUGUGUAUGGUUUCUACAUCUUUCACUGUUUUAACUUUUCUAGUAGACAUGCACAGAUUCCGUUACCCGGAAAGACCCAUCAUAUUUUUAUCAAUUUGUUAUUUCAUGGUAGCUGCUGCUUAUGUUGUUGGUUUUGUUGUUGAUGAGCAAGUAUCUUGUAAUGACCCAUUCCCGUCUCCAAAUAAUCGCACUAAUAUCAAAAUGGUGCGAACGAUUAGACAAGGCAAUGAAAACAAAUAUUGCACUAUUUUAUUCAUGGUUCUAUAUUUCUUCAGCAUGGCUAGCUCUAUAUGGUGGGUCAUUCUAACUCUCACAUGGUUCUUGAGUGCUGGAUUAAAGUGGGGACACGAAGCAAUUGAAAACAACUCCCAAUAUUUCCAUCUUGCUGCUUGGACUGUGCCAGCAAUUAAAACUAUCGCAAUUCUAGCUCUACGUAAAGUUGAAGGUGACAUUCUAAGUGGUGUUUGUUUUGUUGGAUUAUGGAACAAAAGCUCCUUGCGUGCUUUUAUUUUAAUACCUCUAAGUGUGUAUUUAGUCUUGGGGACAUUAUUUCUCCUAGCUGGAUUCGUGUCUCUUUGCCAUAUCCGAACAAUCAUGAAACAUGAUGGAACACGUACUGAUAAACUAGAGAAGCUCAUGUUUCGUAUUGGCGUGUUUUCUGUACUUUAUACUGUACCAGCAGUGAUAGUGAUUGCGUGCUACAUUUACGAGACUUACUUUUACGAUUCUUGGAUGAUAACAUGGCAGAAAGACAAGUGUAAGCGCCCGAUGUACAGCAUACCUUGUCCUGAUGUGCCACAUGACUAUGACUACUGGCCGAAGCCAGAUUUUCCAGCAUUUAUGAUAAAAUAUUUAAUGACAUUAAUGGUAGGUAUUACAUCUGGUGUCUGGAUCUGGUCAGGCAAAACUUUUACUACUUGGAAAAAUGUGUAUUUGGGAUUGUGCCGAAGGCUGCAGCGUAACGAAGCUUAUGUGUGAUAAUUACUUUUCAUUAGUUGUGCCAUAUAUUAAUCAAUUAAAACUGUUUUAAAUGAAUUAUAAACAAAGUUAGUAGAGAAUGCAAGUUUCUGUACAGUUAAUAUAUCUUUGCAAAUGGAUAGAUCAGCCGCAAUUACAAGGUAGAUGUUUUUCAUUUGUUAAAUUCUGGUCUUGCUAUUUAAUUCAGAAUUAAUUAUAGUUAUAAAAUAUAAUUAUAGCUAUAAUCAGG